GUGAGUGAUAAUAGGAAGAAACCCUAGAUGUAAAUAAUACACUAUUUAUUUAGUUUAGAAACUGAAAAAAAUAAAAUAAAACAGAAAGAUCGAUGAAAUUGAAUGUCGCUCCUCGCGGCGGUGGAUCUGAAUUGGCUAUUGCAAUUCGUCGUCACCGUUUUUAUUGUGGCCUUCGGAUUGCUCCACCUUGUCAAAAACACGGCCUCCAAGUAUUUCCUCGCCGAGGACAGCGACCCCGACAACGACGACGUUUCUGAGUGGUCCUCUGCUAUUGCUUCAACGGCGGCGGAGAAGAACAGUAGGAACUGUAAUAAUAGUAGUAGUAAUAAUCAUAUGAUGAUGAUGACGACGACGAGUAGGGCGACGGAGGCGGCUUUGGAAGACGACGCCUGUGCCGUUUGCGGGAAUCGUACUAAGAAGAAAUGCUCAGGCUGUAAGAUGGUUAUGUACUGCUCUGAAGUUUGCCAAAGAUCGCACUGGAGAUCUGAGCACAAGUUAAAGUGCAAGGAUUUCCAAUUAUCUGGCAGAUCUCUGCUGGGAGGAAGAAGAGCUUCUUCCACUGUUUCAUUGGUUAAUCCUGGUGGAUCCUCAAAAGUUCUCCACCAGACAAAAAAAAUACUUUUCCCUUAUGAGGAAUUUGUUGAACUCUUCAAUUGGGACAAACCUGGCUUUCCUCCUUGUGGACUAUUGAAUUGUGGAAACAGCUGCUUUGCAAAUGUGGUUCUACAGUGCCUUGCCUACACUAGGCCACUCGUUGCAUUCUUGUUGGAAAAGGGCCACAGGAGAGAAUGUAGGAGGAAUGACUGGUGCUUUUUGUGUGAAUUUCAAACUCAUGUUGAAAGAGCUAGUGAAAGUUUACGUCCUUUUUCACCCAUUAACAUUCUUUCUCGACUACCAAAUAUUGGUGGUAAUCUUGGCUAUGGAAAACAAGAGGAUGCUCAUGAAUUUAUGAGGUUUGCGAUUGAUACCAUGCAGUCAGUGUGCCUUGAUGAGUUUGGUGGUGAAAGGGCUGUCCAUCCUACCUCUCAGGAGACAACCCUUAUCCAGCAUAUUUUUGGUGGUCACCUCCAAUCACAGGUGAUUUGUACGAAAUGCAACAAUGUUUCAAAUCAGUUUGAAAAUAUGAUGGAUUUAACUGUUGAAAUUCACGGGGAUUCUGCAUCUCUGGAAGAAUGCUUGGACCAGUUCACUGCCAAAGAAUGGCUCCAUGGGGAUAACAUGUAUAAAUGUGAUGGAUGCAAUGACUAUGUCAUGGCGUGGAAGCGGCUAACAGUUCGGCAUGCACCAAAUAUACUUACAAUUGCCUUAAAAAGGUUCCAGAGUGGCAGGUUUGGAAAGCUGAACAAGAGGGUUGCUUUCCCCGAAACCUUGGAUCUUAGACCUUACAUGAGUGAGACAGGAGGAAACAAUGAUAUUUACAAACUAUAUGCAGUUAUUGUUCAUGUGGACAUGCUUAAUGCCUCUUUUUUUGGCCAUUACAUCUGCUACAUCAAAGAUUUUCGUGGAAAGUGGUACAGAAUUGAUGACUGUAAGGUUGUCAGGGUUGAUUUGGAUGAAGUGCUUUCUCAAGGAGCUUAUAUGCUAUUGUAUAGCAGGAUCUGUGCAAGAUCAUCAAGCCUAUAUCCAGUUGAACCUCUAAAGGAGGAGAAGAGCAAAAAUGCAGAAUUAGAUAAAGUAGAGCCUUCUGCAGAACACCCAGUUGAAUGCUUAUCUCGUAAUGGGUCAACUGAUAAGUGUGUUGAUUCUGUUGUAUUGCCAUCUGAAGCAAAUACAAAGUCUGAGAUUGCCAGCUUGGGAGAAGGCGUCUCUUCUACAAGUAAUUCUGAUGUUGCAAAUGAGCAUUUAGAGAUGAUGGUAGAUUUGGAGGGAAAUUCUUCUGUUUCAGUGGAGGGUGAACUUUGUCAGAUUUCAGGUUCGGCUGCAGCUGGGGAAGAAGCUGCUCCUCUUGGUCAUGCUCAUGGUAUUGUCUCACAGAAUAAUGCCUCAAAGAUUGCAUAUAACAGUUCAGCUGAUGUUUCCCAAAUGAAACCAUCAUCUAAUUUGUUCAAUAUUAAGGAUGAAAGUACAUGCUCUGGAAGAACUCCUGAAGAACUUUUUCCGGGACAUUCAUCACAGCAAGAUAUUGUGGUGGCCACUGAAAAUCAUGCUUAUGAAAGAGAAGGAAUGCUCCCUGAUGUUGCUGCUGUGAAGCCAAGCACCAGUGAGGUCCUUGAAACAAAAAUUGCUAAUCCUAGGCAUAAGGCUGUAAAAGUUGUGGAUGGCAUGUUGUCUUCUAAUGGUGUUAAAGAUGCAGAAAGAAAAGCAGAUGGAAAGCGCUGUAGAGCAAAGGUAAAGCCACUUUUCCCUCCUGGUUUUCUUGAGAAACGCUCGCAGAAUAAGUUUAUCAAGCGAGGGGAUAAAGUAUCAAUGGAAGUAGAUGACCACAUAUCCAGUUGCAACACCACCUAUCAAAUAAAUGGAAUUGCCAAACCUGAUCUUUCUUGUCAAACUGAAGAUGUAAUUGUAAAUGGAGAUGAUGCUCAUUCUGGCUGCUAUAGUAAAGUAUCUGCUUGCAUUUCGGUAGAAAAAGUUGGCAUGCCUGAUGAAGACACUCCGAUGGUCAUUAGUGAAUCCGAUGAAGCUUCACACAUGGGUGAUGACAAUUUGGAGAUUCCUAUCAGUUGAGAGCCUCCUAUCAACAACACUAAUGGCAUUGUGCUUCUGGCAGAUCGAACUAGCUAUAGGUCUUAUUGCUAGGUGAAACCUGAAUGGCAGAGAGUGGAAGAGCUUUUGCUAAAAUUGCUGGAAGAAAAGAUGUCAUUUUGGUCAAGAUGCUUUUGCUCAAGUUCUUUUGGAAUAUUGGAUCAUGUUCGGAUCAGAACAUGGACACUGUUGCGAAAGAUUUGAAGUUUAUGACCAUAUCAGUCUGCUGGAAAUCUUGUUUCUUGAGAAGUUGACAUCAAAUUGGUAGCUAUGCCCUAGUUGGAACAGGUCCUCACCUGACUUUCGGAUGUACACUUAUUUUAGGAGUUAAACGGAUUAAUAUUCUUUAAAUGUUCAUAUAUCAUUCAAUGAUCCCAUCACCACAAAUGGAUUUGUUGGGAACUUGACCAGGGUUUCAGUAUUUUGUCGAAAUCUUGGAUGCGAUGUACCUUUUAAGCAGAAACUCAAUGCUAGAAAUGGAACCCAUGCCAGGUUCGGUGGCAAUAUUUACAUAGGCACGCUAUGUUAUCUUUUC